CUUUCCUAGGUUCGAGGCUGGAAAGAUUCAUGCCUAAGAUGCGCUGUUUGCUGUGGAGCGUCUUGCUUGCCGGCCUGGUUUGCAUCUCCGCCGCCGCUGAAUGGAAGUGGACGCGCCUGCCGGGUGAUGGGACCAAGCCGGCGACCAGGGCCGGACACAGCGCCGUUGCAGUGGAUGACACGCUGGUGGUGUUUGGCGGUGUGAUGCUCGACGUCAAAUACUUCAACGACAUCAAUGUCUACGACACCAAUGCCAGGAGAUGGUCACAGCCCAAGAUCACUGGCGAAGGUCAGUCAAACAGGCCGGGCACAACGAAAUUCAUCCAUCCAUUUAUCCAUUUGAUUGUCUGUUUGUUUGUUUGUGUUCUUUCAGUGCCUGAGGAGCGGGCCGGCCACACUGCGACACUCAUCGGAGGCGACAUGUACAUCUUCGGCGGCUCAAACAACUUCGGUCAGCCAGCAGACGACAAGGCGAGAAACAAAGCCAUCCAUGUUGCGUCUGCCGUCUCAUCUCGUGCAUGGAUCAACCAGGGAGCUUCAGUGACGUGAUGCGUUACGACACCAAGAACCACCGCUGGCUGCGUGGCAUCCCUCAAGGCACCCUCCGUCCCGUCGGCAGGUCCAACCACGCCGCUGUCUAUGACGGCAACGGCAGGAUCUACAUCUACGGAGGAUACACACAAGUGAGGCAGGGAGUGUUGACGGAUGAAUGAAUGACGGGAGUUUGUGUGCGGGCGUCGCAGGAAGGGAAAUUUCUGAGCGACAUUUUGAUCAUCAAUACCUUUGUGGAGGGCGACUGGAUCGAUGCGACCACCUUCCCCUUCGCCUUCGAACAGCCUGUCGUCAGUAAGUCACGCAAGCAGCCGACGAUGCCGACGCGCUAUCGUUCGGAUUUCUUUGCGUGUUGCAGGUGGGCAGGCGCCUCCCGGUCGUGAGAGCCACACCAUGACCCUCUCCAAGAAUAAGCUGUACGUUGUCGGCGGAUACACCGGCACAGGCGUCAAAGGUCACUCACACACAAUCACCCGACACACCAGAAUAGCUAUUCUUCUUGUCCUCUUCCUCUCUCAGAUCAUGACUUGUGGGUAUUCGACUUGGAUGAGCAGAAGUGGCUACCCAAGCCGCCAGCACAAGAGCCCUUCCCCGGCCAGCGCCAGGGCCACACAGCUCUGCGCCACGGCAACGACAUCGUCCUAGCCGGUGGCUGCGAUGUGACCCGGGACGUCGCCCUCUGCUACAGCGACGUAUGGGCACUGGACACAGGUCAGCCUCUGAGGUGAUGAAGAAACAGACGGACAGAUGAAUCCAUCCAUUUCACGUAUCCUUGUUGCAGUUGGUAUGCGUUGGUCUUGGAGGUCGACGGACACCGUGUCGCUGUUGCCGAGGCAGGGCCACACAGCCAACUUCAUCCGCGGCAAGAUGUACAUAUUCGGCGGCUGCCGCAUGUCGGUCGAGUGCUACAACGACGUGGUCGUGCUAGACACCAAGGAGCCCUGCCCGGCAGACUGCGGCGGACACGGCACAUGCGCAUACGGGGUGGGCGAAGCAAGAAGGGCAGCGCAUGCAUCCAUGUCCUUUCUUGUGGUGUGUUCAGACGGUCUGUCAGUGUCAGAGCGGCUGGACUGGACACGACUGUCUGGACCGGGAAAGGUAAGCAGCUCUCUUGUUCUGCGAAUACGUCCUUCCAUCCAUCCAUGUGUGUGUAUCGUGUGUCAGGUGUCCUUUCGACUGCAACGGCCAAGGCAGCUGCCACAGAGGACAGUGCACAUGCAACAAUGGCAAGCAGAGAUCGAGAAGGGGAGUGGGAUUGUUGCUGUGUGACGGUGAUCACAUGUGAUGCAGGCUACAUCGGUGCGAGUUGUUACACAGAGAUUCCCUGCCCGAAUCGCUGCUCCAACCACGGCGCCUGUCUGCCUGACGCCACAUGCCAAUGCUACCUCGGAUACCACGGUGAGACAUACAGCAAUGGCGAUGAGACAUGUCAUGUCUUGAGUGUGCUGUGAUGGCCAGGUGCUUCGUGCGAGAGCGGCUCUCCUGUCUGCCUCAACGACUGCAGCGGUCACGGCACGUGCAGCGAGAAGUCAGAGUGCAUCUGCCAUGAAGGAUAUGGGGGUAAGGCAGACGUACAGCGCAGAGAUACACACAUACAUAUGAUGCAUUCCUUCACAGGAGUGUCCUGCGAGCAACAGCUUGUGUGCCCCCUUGGCUGCUGCAACCACGGAGCGUGCGAAGGAGGUAGGACAAAAGCAAACGCCUGUGCGUAUCGAUCCACCUCACGAAUGUGUCUAUCAGGCAAGUGCAAGUGCGUCCCCGGCUUCAUUGGCAAGAGCUGCGCGAUCAACGAGGACCAGAAGAACUACGUCUUCAAGAUGACCGACCGCACCAGUGCCGACCUUCGUGCAGAGGCAAAGAUCAAGCGCGACGAGGCCAGCCAGUCGAAACAGCUGGCAAAGGAGCUCUUGGCGGACGCGGACCGUGCACCGACUACAGCAGAGGCACGCAACCUACAAGCCAAAGGGAACGGCCUCGAGGUGCCUGACGGCAACAACCACAAAUAUAUACGUAUGUGCAAACAGUGUGGUGGCUUGUGUGUGUCAGAUUGACGCAGAGGCUUUGGCCAAGCAGGCGGAGGAAUUGGAGAAGAGGGGCAGCCUCGUUGCAGGAUACCGCUCACCCGACAAAAUGGAGGUGGGCAGGGCAGAUGUGUGUGGGUCGACGCACUGCCUUUGGGCAUGUCUUCUCCUCUCCCACAGAGCCUCUUCGACACGAGCACGUGUGACGCCAAGCUCAAGCCCGACAUGCUCCAGCGUACGCAACAUGCAACACGCACACAGGCAGAUGGACGUUCCAAUGUUCUCCUUUUCCCUUUUCCCCACAGUCCUGUCGGCUGAGCAUCACUAUCAGGCACCGCAGACGGACGAGUCUGUGCAGAAGCCCAUGCCACCCACCAGCAGCGGCACCGCCCAGCCCCGCUUCACUUCACUCACACUGCAGAACCCCCCUCAGUCGUCUCCGUCGCAAGGCAGAUCGGCCACACCAACCGAGUUCGGCAUCUACAAACAGGGAAAGCAACUCAAGGUCCACCCACACAUGCACCCGACUGGCUGCCGAAGAGAGAGAGAAAGAGAGAGAGAGAGAGAGAGAGAGAGAAAGAAAGAAAGAGAGGGAGAGGGAGAGAGAGAGAGGACAGUUCUGUGAUUGUGGCGUGCAGGUGGGUGAGAGUGGGUGUAAGCAUAACUGUAACGAUCGCGGCAUAUGCAAGGAUGGCGUCUGCUACUGCGAGCCGGGAUACCACGGCAUAGCCUGCGCGGCGGGUAAGUGGAUUGACCAGGGAAAGCUCCCAGCCACUCACACAUGUAAGUGUACCUGAUAUGUGUGCGUUCCAUCAGAGGAUUUGGUGACGAAGAAGAGCGUGCCGCUCACAUGGGCGGUGGCCAUCGCAGUGUCGGCUCUUGUCGUCUCAAUGAUCGUCACGGCCACAUGCAUCCAAAUCGGCGGUAAGGAAGAACCUGAAAACAACACACACAGUCGUGCCUUGUGUCUCGUGUGUGCAUAUGUAUUGUCUGCCUGUGUGCGUGUGCAGCAAGACGACGGGCUCGAGCCACACAGGAGAUGGGAUACAAGGUCUGACCGACAAUCCAAAUCCGUGCUGCAUGUGCCGUCGGACGAGCCGUACAUGACAGACUCACUUAGCGAAUCGGAUAUCUAUGCAAUUCAUGCAUGAGUGCAUGGAACAAUGAACCCGCGUCGCCAUACAAUAAUGCAUAUGAAACAG